UUGCUAGCAGCCAGUGUAGAUGCACAGCGUUUUUCACAACAAUAACAUCAACCAAAUUUGCAUCUCCACAUACCUGAUUUGAGGAUUAUACAUUCCGAACGCUAUCGGAAGCCGUGUAUUGGACCGCGCCACGCCGAACUUCCGUCUGCAAUUUUUGGCUACAUCUGUUGACAAUGGGAGCGGAGGGGUUUGCAGAUUUACAAGGCUCCUUUUUGCAGGAGCAGAAACAAGAAUCAUGGCUGGCCAGCUAGGCCGCAGAUGGAUUUUGUAUCUAACAGCAACAGUCUAUUGAUGUAAAAUACUGUGUGUAAGCUUGGCGCAGCACAUAAAAGGUGGUGCUAAGAAGCCAGUGUUUUAAUCACACGGUUAUCGUUGAUUUUUGUUGUCUUUUUUUGGGCCCACAACACAAGCUAGUGAGCCCGCUAGCUUCACAACCUUGACUGGUUGACGUCUUGCCUUCGUAGUUAGCUCCCUUAACCAGCUAACGAUAGCUAGCAUCGCUUGGCCAGCCAUCCGCUGGUCUAAAACAUUUGUAAAAAUACAUUUAUUGCGGGAUUUCCUCUCAUAGUUGUGUGCCCGGUAGGCAUUUGUAUCGCAAAUUCCUUGUGCAACGUCUGCUCCUGGAUGAAUGUGGGACAAAAUGGAGACCCCGACGAUUGUGUACGAUUUGGAUACCUCUGGGGGCUUAAUGGAGCAAAUCCAAACACUACUGGCGCCCCCCAAGUCCGAGGAGGUAGAGAAGAGGAGUCGGAAGUUGGUGAGAGACGUCCGGAGGAGCGGCAGGGCCACCAACCACGACACCUGCGAUAGUUGCCGGGAGGGGGGAGACUUGCUGUGCUGUGACCACUGUCCUGCAGCCUUCCACCUCCAGUGCUGCAACCCACCUCUAAGUGAAGAAAUGCUUCCCCCAGGGGAAUGGAUGUGUCAUCGCUGCAAUGUUCGAAAAAAGAAGCGAGAGCAGAAGUCAGAACAGACCAACGGCCUACCAGAGAGGUCCUCGUCUAAGCGCUCUGCGUCCCCGGCCGUGGAGCUGGAGCUUAACGCGGGCCCGCUGCGGCUCGACGGCCUGCCUCCAGGGGCCGGAGCAGCGGGGCCCGGUCUACGAGUGGCCCAGGUACGCCUCUUGGACCGCAGGACCAGCAGCAGGCCGAGCAGCCGGCCCGGGACGCCCACCUCCAACACUUCAUCCACCCCGACCCCCUCAGAGGAGCAGAACGAUGGGGAGGAGGAGGCAGCAGAGCCCGAGGAUGAAGUUCAGGGCGCAGAGCUUGAGGGUGCUACGCUAUCCGUUCCGACACCGCGCCUCCUCAAGAGGCCCUUUCAGCUGCUAAUAGCAGCAGCUAUGGAGAGGAACCCUACACAGUUCCAGCUACCCAGCGAACUCACCUGCACCACUGCACUGCCAGGCAGCAGUAAACGAAGAAGAAAAGAGGAGCUACUAGGAAAGCCGUUUAGGAGGCCUCAGCAUGAACUGGAUUCCAAUGGUCUGGUCCCUCUACCAGUCAAAGUCUGCUUUUCAUGCAACAGGAGUUGCAGGUUGGCUCCACUGAUCCAGUGUGACUAUUGUCCCCUUCUGUUCCACAUGGACUGUCUGGACCCUCCACUCACAGCUUUACCUGCUGGCAAAUGGAUGUGUCCAAACCACGUUGAGCACUUAGUGCUGAAUCAGAGGAGCCUGAGCCUGUCCAGCCGCUGUCAGCUCUUUGACCAGUUCCAGGACAGGAUGUCCCAGCAUGCCGUCAAGUUGGACUUCCUGCGUAGAGUUCAUCGGCAGAACACGCCCAACCGGCGCACCACCCACCAGCACAACAAGAAGACCAUCAAGGUGCCAGAUGCCAUCAAGUCCCAGUACCAGAAUCCUCCCCCCAUGCUGCUUCCUGCAGGGGUGCGCCAGUUGGAGCUGGUUUGUAGCGGCGUUCCCGACCAUCAGCCCUCAAAGCACCUCACCACAGAGGCUGAGCAGCAGGAGUGGCUUCAGGAUGUCAUCGCCCUCCAGUGCAGCAUCAUGCGACACCUAUCCAUCAAGCAGAAGGCGUCAUCCACAGCAUCCACCCUGUCAUCAGUAACAUCAUCAGCAGAUAGGGUUUCUGAGCAGAAAGCCACUAGUAAAUCAUGUGUCACAUCAGUGGACAUGAAAACUCAGGCCUCUUUAGGAAGGACUUCUUCCCCUGACCCCUGCUCGAAACCCUGCAGUACACCCGAUGACCCCCAGGGGGCCUCUCUUUCAAGGGGCGCCCUAGCAGAGCCCAGUGUUUGUAAAUGCAGCAUGACACCAUGUCAGAACUGUAGGAAACCAAACGGACCUCUGGCAGAGGAGUGUCAGCCUCCCAAAGCCAACGGACCUGUAGACUGUAAGAGUGCCUCAGACUCCGGCAGGCAGGCAGAGCUGCAGCACAGACUGAAGCCCAGUACAACGCCCCCAGACUCAGCUCCUGCCUAUGGGCUAGUGAACCACAUAGGAGCAGAAACAGUUAAAAAGGAGCCUGAGAGCACAACAGAGGCCUGUGCUCAGAAAAACUGCUCCAGUGCCCUAAUGAUCUGGCCCCACAGCAGCCAGCAGAACCACAGGAGCCAGACAGAGCUCCAGAAGGAGUGUAUGAGCAGCGAUGAAAAACCCUCCUACUCCAUCACCAGCAGUGCCCGCUCAGACACACCACCUAAAGGCAAGCAGGAGCAGGGCCCGACCCAGCUGGAUUCGUCAUCACCUACUCCAGACAUAAAGGCUGGUCCUGGACUGAUGGACUUACUGCUGCCCAGCACUCUCUCCUCCAUUGCUAACCUGUCCAGCUGCAUGAAAGAUGGAAGGGAUGAGGAUGGAGGGAUUGAGCUGGACAAACUGGAUGCAGAGAUGAUCAAGACCCUGGCAUGGCAGAGGAUCCAGCAGCUCUUUCCCCCCAAAGAGCCCAGCACUCCCCCUCCCCCUCCCCCAGCCACCAGUGCGGCCCCCAAAACCGCAUCACCCCACCCUGACAGUCAGAAGAAGGUGCAGGCCCGAGCUGUCUUCUACCCUCUGACAGGAAAAGGAGGAGCUGUCAGCAUGUGCUAUAGGACGUUAUACAUAGGAUCUGGUGCUGACAUGGACGUGUGCCUUACAAACUAUGGUCAUUGCAACUACAUAUCGGGGAAACACGCCUGUAUUUUCUAUGAUGAGAAUACCAAGCAUUAUGAGCUGCUCAACUACAGCGAGCACGGCACCACAGUGGACAACGUCCUCUACUCGUGUGACUUCUCUGAGAAAGCCUCGCCGUCUCCACCCAGCGGCCUGGUGGCCAAAGUCCAAGGCAUUAUCCGUCGCAGUAAGAAGCAUGAGGAUGAUGAGGGCCCCAACUGUGUGGUGGGUUUGUUGCCGAACGGUGGAGUGAUGAGCAGCCAGCCUCAGGGCGGCUCCGAGCUGUUGUGCAGCUGUAAGGCGAGCAGCUCCAGCCUGAUCGGAGGCAGCGGGGCGGGCUGGGAGGGCACGGCCCUGCUCCACCAUGGCAGCUACAUUAAACUGGGCUGCCUCCAGUUUGUCUUCAGCAUCACCGAGUUCGCCAGUAAGCAGCCCAAAGAGGAGCAGAUCGCCACGCCUGCUGCCAGUUGCACCAGCACCACCAGCAGCAGCGCGGCCAGCACCACCACCAGCACCACCCCCACCACCACCUUCACGCCACCACCCAACACUGCCACAGUGAGCAGCCCGUCCAGCCAGGAUGAGGCCGACGCUGAGACUGUCCCUCCCCACCAAGUGCCCGUACUGCACGCCAACUCUGUUCCAUAACCCACACAGGAUGUCCCGCCCUCCCUCCUUUUGUUUUGCACCUUCCAAGUCACAAUGAAGGGAAAGCUGCACAGCUGGUUGGUCAACAGGGAAAAGUUUAUUUUUUCAUUUUUAAUGGUUUAUAUCUUUGCAUGAACUUGAAGUAUUAUUGACAAUCUCUUCUGUUUUUGAAUGACUGACAGUAACCUUCUGUUCACUUCAAACCGUUAGGACUUUGAGCAAACAUUAUUUACCUACGCUCAAUUUUUCUUUAGCCAGUAUGUAUGGUGUAACAUUAUUUUGUCAGUCAGGCCAUUUAGCACAAAGCUUUUUUGUAGUACUGAAUUCCAUAUAUUCUAAUUUCUUUUGCUGCUUUUGCACCACAGGUAGCUAUAUAUGUAUGAAAACAUACAUGCUUAUACACUAUAUGUAUAUAUAAUGUAAAUAUAUAUAAUUCAGUGCCUCUCAAUUGGAGAAACAUUGGAUUUCAUGUAGAUUCACCAUUUUUUGGUUUUUAACUGUACAGUUCAUGGAAUUUGUGAUACUGUGUAGAGUACCAGAAGUUUUGUGAUAAAACUUGUUCUUAGUCUGUACUUUCCGCUGUAGUCCAUCUGUAAAUACCGUAUUGUUUUAGCACUCAUUUUAACAUCUUGUGCUGCUCUGUAUAUAAGCACUCUUUGUCUGUACCUGCUUGUCUGUUCAAACCUGUAAAUACAGAAAGAUUUUCUAAGAACAAA